CCAGCCCGAUGCUUAACAUAGCCGAAUUCAAACAGAUAGAAUACUUCGACGGGACCAAGGUAUCAGCAUGCCACACAUUAGCCAACUCAUUCUGGCCCGCCAUGUAUUUUCUCACUAGCAUUGUCUUAUUCUUCAUCGUACCAUUCAUCGCACUAAUCGUACUUUACUGCAUCAUUGCGAAGAACCUCAUCGCUAACGCAGCCACUGUAGUGCUCAACAAACACAUUGACAACUAUUCCGUCAGGGCUAGAAGGCAGGUCAUCCUGAUGUUAGGCACUGUGGUCUUGAGCUUUUUCUUAUGCCUCAUCCCCUUCAGAAUCUUCACGAUUUGGAUCAUCGUGGCACCCGAGAAGGACAUCAUCAACUUAGGGGUGGAUAAGUACUACAACAUUUUGUACUUCUGCAGAAUCAUGGUAUAUCUCAAUUCAGCUGUGAAUCCUAUACUCUACAAUCUAAUGAGCUCAAAGUUCAGACACGGGUUUGUGAUCUGUUCCCAUACGAAACGCAGACUCUUCAAGCGUGAUAGAAAUGGUACUUGUAGCACCACGACAACCACUACAAGAAGUAGUACCAUGAGGAACAGUCACGACAGCACGAAUUACAGAGUUUCGUAUCGAUCUAGAACCAACUCUAGUCUUAUGAAAAACUACAGCGACUCUCCAGAUUCUGCUAGAAGUAGCGACUCGCAUAGUGUCGUAAUGAGAGAAGUCAAUACUCCUAGGAAGUAUAGGCAGCGGUCAGACAGUAAUGCAAAUAGAGAUUGUGAUGAGGAAGAAAGCAGGUUCAGCUCUAAUAUUAAUAUAUUCACGGAGAAAGUGAUUAUUUUUAAUAGCGGAAAGAAGAAAGAUUUUCAGAAAUUUUUGGCUAGUCAGUAUAGUAAAGAGGAGACUGCUGAUAUACAUUUGCAUGAUAUAUGCUUGAAUGUCGGGAGUAAGAUGCAGCAAGAAGAGGAGUUUGUAUGA